AUGGAUGCUCCCACUUGCCUGCCAUCCAAUGGUCAACCAUCGUCACCAGACAUCUCAAUUGCCUCUGGCUCCCAGAUUAAAAGCAUGGACUGCAUAACAAAGAUAACGAGGAAAGCUCGUGAGUUUAAUGUGGACAAGUCCGAGUCAUUUGUAGGCAGGUUGCAUUCAUACUGGACACUAAAGAGGCAAUCUAGAGAUGGGUAUCCACUGUUGAAUUCAAGAAAGUUUGGUGAGAACAUCAAAAUUCUCAAUGUUAAUCAGUUUCUUGCAGGUCCCAACGAACAACAAGCGUCGAGUAAGGAACAAGAGAAUAAAGAUUCACACCAGCCUGACGAUGUUGAAGACGAUGACAGUCUUGAAAAUGAAAUAACUGAAGUUGGUUCUAACGGCACAAAAAUCACACAACAAAGUUUAGAAACCGUGAAUUCAAAGGAGAAGAAAGCUGAUGAGAUGGGUGCAUCUAACGAGGAUGUGGCCUGUAAGAACAGUAGUGAUAAUGAUGAUGUAAUGAGCGACGUAUGCGAAGACGAUGAUGACGAAUACGAAUCUUUUGUGGAACAUUUGAGAAUAAGCCACAUGUUGAGGAGGGAUUUGGAGAAGGUGCGACUGUUGAUUGAAUUGGUGAGGAAGAGAGAGAAAUUAAAGGCUGAACAGAUUCGAGUUAGAGAAAAGCAAUUUGAGUGUGAAUUAUCAGUAAUUAAUGAAGGUGCACAUGCAAUGGUUCAAAUCAUUGAUGAAAUCUUGAAGCAUUUUAGUUCAUUCCAGUCAAAGAAAGUAGAAUCAUUUUUUUUAGUUUUUUCAGUUUUCUAUUAUGAUCAUUAG